ACGGAUGCCCUUCUAGCUUAAACUCAGUCCAGGGAAACACCAACUCACUCAUUCACACUCACACACUACGGAGAAUUUAGCUUAUUCGAUUCACCUACCGCAUGUCUUUGGGCGAUGGGGGAAACCGGUGGAAAUCCACGGAAACACAGGUAGAACUCGAACCAGCGACCUUCUUUCCUCUCCUAACAAAGUACACAACUUAUUUAGCAAACUUAAAGUUUUGUGGUUCAGCAGUAAACGUGCUUGUAUGAAAAUACCGAUUAAAUAAAAAAUACAACAACGUUAUUUUGACUGAUCCCUGCUUUCCCUCCGAUGCACUAGGUGGCAGUACAACAACAAUCGAUUUGUGCGCUACCAAAAGCAAAACACGCACGAGAAGCACACUGGCACACUUGCACACACGUGGAUACUGGUGCGGUAAUAACUACAACCAAAGAUGACAUCGUUAGCGCAUCAGCUGAAGCGGCUGGCCUUGCCGCAGAAUGACUCGAGUCUGCUCGGCCGGAAAGAGGUGGUCUCUGUGCUCUUUGACCCUAAAGAUGCAGCCAGUAUGGACCGCAGCACCUUCCAUGCACUUGGCUGCACGGGACUGGAGGAGCUGAUGGGUAUUGAUGCAGCGUUCAGUGAGUUUCAGGAGACUCUGUUCAGUCAAGGAUCUUUGACUUUAGAGCGCAGCGUUCAGUCCAAAGAGGUCAACAAGAAACUGGACAAGAGCAUUUCUCUCUUCCUCACUCGACUGUCACCUUACUUUCUGCUCAAGCCUGCUCUGAAAUGCAUUGAAUGGCUUUUACACAGAUUUCACAUUCAUCUGUACAACCAGGACAGUCUGAUUGCUUGUGUUUUACCGUAUCAUGAGACUAAAGUGUUUGUACGAGUGAUCCAGCUGUUCAAGAUUGAAGAUCCAACCCACAAAUGGCACUGGCUCCAUGGAAUCCAGAAACCUGGUGUUCCCCUGGCCCGAGGAACCCUGCUCACACACUGCUAUAAGGAUUUAGGCUUCAUGGAUUUCGUUUGCUCUAUGGUCACAAAUUCAGUAAAGGCGUACUCUGAACUGACCCGGGAUGGGAACUGUCCGCAGCUGCGUGUGAUUUUCUCUUUCUAUGCAUCGACUAUUGUUUCAGCACUUGAUGCAGUGGAGAAGAUCACUAACUCUAUUAUUGCCAAACUGCUUCCCUUUGUACAACUGGGGCUGAAAUCUAAUCUUUCGGACUACACGGCUGCCACUUACAUGAUCGUGUGUCAGAUGGCAGUGAAGGUGGUAAUGGAGGCCCAGCUGGUGGACUCUCUGAGCGUUCAAUUGAGCAGGUCUCUAGGCCGAACACCACAGCUCAUCAGAGAAGGCUUGAGCUGCAUUAUCAUCCUGCUCCAAAACCAGAAAAAAGGAGUGAUUGGUCAAAAGACAUAUGGUUACCUGUGUGCUGUCCCUACCCUGGUGUCUACCCUUCAGAGCAUAUCAACUGUGCAUGACAUCAGUCCUCUACUGAGUUACCUGCUGCCUCAUCUCAUACACUCUGUGAUGACCCAGAAUGAUGAGCAACAGAAUGAAGGUUUGUCAGACAGUACUGGACUAUUGCAGUCAGUAUUUCAAAACCUUCAACUUUCCAGCAACCUGGAGAACACUGCAGCUAAGCUGCUGCUUGAAGAGUAUGUUGUCUGCGGCAAUGAGCUUCCCUCAGAUGGGAUUUCAGCUCUUAAUCAGAGAAUUCAGCCUACAGUACGACUGUUUGAAUCCAGGUAUCCAUGUGCACUGGAUAUGGCAUUGGAAAAUCAUGUCAAAAAUGUGUCAUCCGAUAAUGAAAAAAACCUGCUUCAUCAGUUCAUCUCUCUCACUCUGAGCUGUGGGAAAUAUCAGAUUCUGCCGGAGUCCGAGACCUCUCUGAUGCUCAGCCUCAAUCACCCUCUUCCCUCUGUGAGAAACAUGGCCGUAGACUACCUGAAAGAGAUCCUCAACUCAGAACAUCAGAAUAGCUUUGAUGAGGCGUUUCUCAAAGAUGCUUUGCUGGAAAGAAUAAAAGACGAUUCUCCAGAAGUUGUGCUGUCUGCGCUUAAAGCCUUGCAGCAUCACAUGGGCCUAAUGGAUGUAGAGGACACCGUUUCCAGUUUGAUUUCACUUCUUCAUCGCAUCAAACCAUCAGCCGAUUGGUGUCCAGUGCUAAAAGAGGCUGUGCGCGUUCUUGAUGACCCACGCAUUAUUGAGGGUAACCCAGAUCUUAAGGCUUACAUUAGUUGGGAGCUUUUACCCUUCCUGGUGAUGACGAGAGCUGCACCUGAAUGUGUGGAGCUGCAGAUGACGUCUGCCAUUACUGAAACCACUCUGAUCUCCCAGCAUCCUCUGACCCAGGGCUGGGCCAAAGUGCUGAAGGCUGUUCUGGCUAAAACCUCUGAGUCGGAUCUGCUUGGUGUGGCGAACGAAAUGCUCACAACAACUCUGAUCAAGAACUUGGCUAACAUGGAUCACGCAACCAAACGCAACACUCUGGAGAACGUGUGUGAUAUCCUGAGCCGUCAGGGCAGUAGUGUGCGGGACAGAGCAGCGUUUGUGGUGUUUAGUUCUGCUCUGCUUCAGAGUCUGCAGUCCAUGACGGAGAGCCAGCACCUCCACACCGCACAGAGUGUGUAUAAACUACUGGAGCCUUUACUGCUGCAGGCAUACACCAUCCAGCCUGAACAGGUGUCUGAUCAGCCCGCAGAUGAGUGUCUGCCAGUCUGUGUAGCUUUGGGUGAGUUUCUGCAGAAAAUCAGCUGUGGUUUGAGUGCAGAGCAAGAACAAGGCCUUCUUCUGCUUUCUCUUCUGCGGCUUUUCAUCACGACCCUCAAAUGUCCAGAUUCUACAUUUAAAGGUGAGCCAUGGUGGAACCCAGAGAAAAUGGAGACUACUACAUGCUGUUACCUGCGUCUCCUCUGUCGUCUGUUUGAUGUGGUGAUAUCAGGGGCCAGUCAGGGGCCCUUGGCUCCCUGCUUCAGGAGCCUAAUGCAGCCUCUAUUACAGGUGCACCUGAAUGAGCCGAUGGUCCUGUUUAAGUUUCUGUCUCUGUUAUGGGGCUACAACAGCAAUUUAGGCGAUCAGUUGGAUUGUCGAGUCAGUGCCAUUCUUCAGACUCAGGCUCUUUAUGUGGGAAAGGCUUUUCUGUCCAGCCAGCCUGUAAAAACCCUCAACCUGCUGGCGUCAGAUUCCUCACCAGUGGUGCCGUCUCUGCUGGUGUGUGUAUGUUCAGGCGUGUGUGAAGUUCGUAGAGCUGCCAUCGCUGUGCUCCAGUGUCUCUCUGGGCUUGUUUCUUCACCGUAUCAUCCGCUUGUGGAGAAACUCCUCAAAUCAUCAGAGGAGAUCAUCGCUGACUCCUCAUAUCUUACCCAAGCAUUGUCCAAGUUCUACGAGGAGGCCGUUUCACGGAAAGAUAAGAAUAAAAAGUUGGCAUCAGUUGAGCAGCUCCUUCAGUGUUUACAGUCUCCCUUCUGUCCUUCCUACACCUCCAAAACACUUCUGCGGGCUCUUCAGGAUGUUCACGGAGAGCCUGUUUUGUCUGUUCUUCUUCCUGCUGUGGAGCGCCUUCUUGAACAGUGUGCUCCAGACUCUUGCACCUUCCUGCCAGACGAGGCUCUUCUUCUGCAGCUCUUGUUGAGCAAGUUCAGUGAGAUGUCGGCACCUUUACUGGUCAAAGAUCCUCGAUGCCUUGAGGUCUUCAUUAGAGCACUCCACACCUCAGCCAGGCCAUACCCUACUAUCCCCAGCUUCCAGAUUACUGCCCUGGAGCAGAUUACCAAGCCGUUCUUCACUGCUAUUGGAGAUGAAAAGAUUCAACAGAAGAUUCUUUCGAUUUUGUUUGACCUGCUUGUUGGGAAUAAAAGCCCUGCCUGCGCCCAAAGUAUCAACAGUGUCUUUAAAACGAUUGCAGUGGAUUGCGAGCUUGUGGCCAAUGAGCUGAUUCCUGCCGAUAAACAAAGAGUUACUGCAACAGUUCAACAAACGCGCAGAAGUAAAAUGAGAAAAACACAAGACACAUCUGGGGCAGUGCCAGAGGAGAGUGUUGUUUCUUGGCCAAGGGUGACGCUAAUUUUAGAGCUGCUUCAACACAAGAAGAAACUUAAGAGGGCUCAGUAUCUAGUGCCCGCUCUGUUUAAUUUGCUCUCAAGGUGUCUGGAACCUGCUGCUGCUGAACAGGAGAAUAUAGAGUACACAAAACAGCUCAUCCUCAUCUGCCUGUUGAAUGUCUGUCAGAAACUGUCUCCAGAGGGAGGGCCAAUCAGCAAAGAUGUGCUGGAGGAGGAUAAGUUUAAUAUGGAGCUGGUCGUUCAGUGUGUCAGGGUGUCAGAAAUGCCCCAAACUCACCAUCAUGCUCUGCUUCUGCUCGGGGCUCUGGCCGGCAUCUUCCCUGAGAAGGUUCUUCACAACAUCAUGCCCAUCUUCACUUUCAUGGGAGCCAACAUCAUGCGCUUGGAUGAUACUUACAGCUUCCAAGUCAUCAACAAGACUGUUCAGGCAGUCAUCCCUGCUCUGAUUAAGGCCCACGAGGGAGGAAGUUCUCAGUCUGAGGGUCAUAUGGAGACUGUGGUAGCCCAGAUCAUACAUGUGUUUGUUGAUGCUCUUCCUCAUGUGCCCGAGCACAGACGGUUACCCAUCCUCAGCCAGCUGAUGAGCACACUGGGCCCGUCCCGCUUCCUCUGGGUGCUGAUGCUGCUUCUGUUCAAGCAGCAUGUCACACAAACAUCUGCUGGUGCGACGGGGGCUGAAAAGGAGGCUGUUGUGGAGAGAGAUCAAGACUUCUGGAUUUUGGUGUGUUGUGAGUUUGAGGUGAAGGAGCAGCUGACUUCCCUUAUCAAAAUCCUGCAGUAUCUCAUGACUCUGCCACAAGAUAGAGAAGAAGCACCAGAGAAAAAGAAACCCCGUGGAAGAAGUGCCGUGAAGAAAGAUGAAACAGUCUCUGAUCUGAUAUUCAGUGUGGAGACUCACAGUGGCAAAGACCUCCGCCAUUUUAAAUUCAUCUCCAUCUCCUUCAUGGCUCAGCUGCUGGCCUCUGACGGAUUCGUUGGGAAGGUGGCUGACUGUGAAGACAUUACAGAAAGUACCUUACAGGCUCUUCAGCAAGAUUUGUUGGUGGAGGUUCUGCGCUACAUUCAGGCAGUUGCUCGAUGUGUCGAGGAUAAUGCAGAUAAGCCAACAGCUAAGUUCUGGAGAGCCCUCCUAAGCAAGUCCUAUGACACCCUGGACAAGGUCAAUGCCCUUCUACCAAUGGAUACGUUCAUUACGGUAAUGAGAGGCUUGAUGGGUAAUCAGUUGGCAUCAGUAAGAAGGAAGGCCAUGGAGUUACUCAAUAACAAACUACAACAGAGGACGAAGUGGCUGAAGGAACAGAUCACUGCUCUUCUUGAGCUCAUUGGCACUCUUCUGAGCAUCGUGGGUCGCAGUCAUCGUCAGGUCACGGCCCAGGAAGAAGAAGAGCUGGCCAUCAAUCGACAGACGGCCCUUUAUAGCCUCAAGCUUCUGUGCCGAAAUUUCGGCUCUGAUCACAAGGAGGAGUUUGUACCAGUGCUGAAUAAAGCGGUGGAGCUGGUUGCUGAUAAAGACGAGGAGAAGAAUGUCAUGGGAAGUGCUCUGCUGUGUGUAGCGGAAGUUACCAGCACUCUGAAAGCGCUUGCUAUACCACAGUUACACAGGCUGAUGCCCGCUGUGCUGGACACUCUUAAGGAAAGGAAGGACCUGCUAAAUAAUGAAAUCUACCUACUGAGCGCCGUCACAGCUCUACAGCGGGCAUCUGAGACUCUGCCACACUUCAUCAGCCCAUACCUGCUGGACACCAUCUUACAGGUCACCCGUUUAACUCUGCUGGCCAGGCGACUGACAUCUUGCCCUCAGUUAUCUGUACGCCUGGCCUCUCUCAGCUCCACUCUCGCCACAAAACUUCCUCCCAGGGUCCUCAUUCCUACCAUCACUAAAUGCUACUGCAGCAUGGUGGAUGCUCAGCAGAAUCGUCUCAGUCCUCUGAUGAACAUCCUGAAGGAACAUAUCAGCCACAUGGACAAAGACCAACUCAAUAACCACCAAUCAGAGCUCACUUCCUUCUUCCUGUCUGCGCUUGAUUUCCGUGCUCAGCAUUGCCAGGGCGAUCUGAAGAAGACUGCUGAGAUCGAAGGCUGCGUGAUCGACUGUCUGCUAGUGAUGAUUAUGAAACUUUCAGAAGUCACUUUCAGGCCUCUUUUCUUCAAGUUGUUUGACUGGUCAAAGAUUGACGGUGCUUCUAAAGAUCGCCUGUUGACCUUCUACAGACUUGCAGAUCGUAUCGCAGACAAACUCAAAGGACUGUUUGUGUUGUUUGCUGGCCAGCUGGUCAAACCCUUUUCCGAUCUGCUGCAUCAGCUCAACACUUCCCACACAGACAAAGCCUUCUUUGACUCCGAGGAUGAGAGUGAUGAUGAUUCAGAUGAGGAGGCUGAUGAUAAUGUGACAAAGAGCAGCCUUUUGCUACAGUAUGUGUUGGACUGCCUUCACAAGAUCUUCCUCUAUGAUACUCAGCACUUCCUCAGUAAGGAAAGAGCUGAUGCCCUUUUGUGUCCUCUGGUGGAUCAGUUGGAGAACAUACUAGGAGGAGAGGAGACCUACAAGAGCCGCAUUACCACACACUUGGUGCCUUGCAUUGCUCAGUUUGCUGUUGCCAUGAGAGACGACUCGCAGUGGAAAGUUCUCAAUUAUCAGAUUCUGCUCAAGACACGACACAGUUCACCAAAGGUUCGUUUCUCUGCGCUUGUCAUGUUGCUGGAGUUGGCAGGCAAGCUGAGGGAGAACUACAUGGUUCUUCUGCCAGAGACCAUCCCAUUCCUGGCCGAGCUCAUGGAGGAUGAAUGCGAAGAAGUUGAGCACCAGGUUCAGAAGGUCAUUCAAGAAAUGGAGACUAUCCUCGGUGAACCGCUGCAGAGCUACUUUUAAUGGCACCUGAGGCAACUACAGUGUAUUUGUUAUCCUUACAUAACUGAUGAGCUGUCAUGCUGAAACAUACGUCAGUCUGUCCACCAUCUUCUCCUGCACAUCCGAACAUUUGAUUGAUUGGCAGCUUGACCAGUCAUGCCUACCUAUGUGUCUAUGCAUAUGUAUAUGAAGAAAAUGACUGGAUGCCCCGCCCUUUAUAUGAAAGCGACGCAUGGGAUGAGUAUAUGUGUCUGAUGUUUUUAAAAAAUGUUUUAUGGCAUUGAAUGAUGUUUUGUAAUGCACACUGAUGUAUUUCUGUGGAAACUGCAUAUCAUAAAAAGAUUAAUCUGGGGGAAA